ACGCGCAUGCGCUGUGGUCGGGGCUGUUCGGGACCCGCCGCCGGAUUGAAGACCAUGGCGUGGGUCCCCACGGAGUCUGCAGUGGAAGAGUUGAUGCCCCGGCUAUUGCCGGUGGAGCCCUGCGACUUGACGGAAGGCUUUGAUCCCUCGGUACCUCCCAGGACGCCUCAGGAAUACUUGAGGCGGGUCCAGAUCGAAGCUGCUCAGUGUCCAGAUGUUGUGGUAGCUCAGAUUGACCCUAAGAAGUUGAAAAGGAAGCCAAGUGUGAACAUUUCUCUUUCAGGAUGCCAGCCUGCCCCUGAAGGUUAUUCCCCAACACUUCAGUGGCAACAGCAACAAGUAGCACAGUUUUCAAGUGUUCGACAGAGUGUGAACAAGCAUAGAAGCCACUGGAAAGCACAGCAGUUGGAUAGUAAUGUAACUAUGCCAAAGUCAGAAGAUGAAGAAGGCUGGAAAAAAUUUUGUCUGGGUGAAAGGUUAUGUGCUGAAGGGGCUAUUGGACCAGCUACAAAUGAAAAUCCUGGAAUCGAUUAUGUACAAAUUGGUUUUCCUCCCUUGCUUAGUAUUGUAAGCAGAAUGAAUCAGGCAACAGUAACUAGUGUGUUGGAAUAUCUGAGCAAUUGGUUUGGAGAAAGAGACUUCACUCCAGAAUUGGGACGGUGGUUUUAUGCUUUGUUGGCUUGCCUUGAAAAACCCUUGUUACCUGAGGCUCACUCACUAAUUCGGCAGCUGGCAAGAAGGUGCUCUGAAGUGAGGCUUUUGGUGGACAGCAAAGAUGAUGAAAGAGUUCCUGCUUUGAACUUAUUAAUCUGCUUGGUUAGCAGGUAUUUUGACCAGCGUGAUUUAGCUGAUGAGCCAUCUUGAUAUUGCUGAUCUCUCAGUGACAGAAGGUAAUUCUGCUGAAGACAGCCUAAAUUUGAGGAAGUAUUGGGAACUCGAGUACAGAUUACAUCACUUCUUCAACACUCUGAAGGGCCUUCACCAUGUACCUCAAGUGCAUGUCCAGGAUGUAGAUUGGCUGAAAUAUGUGGAAAAUUCCACCUGGUAGUCAGUGAACUGUUUGUAUUGCUUUCCGCAGUCACAUGCAUUUGAAAGUAUCAUUUAUCCUCAAAGCAGCCUGCACAGGAACUUUACAAUGAAGUUUUAUAGAGGUCCUUGGUGCUGCUUCAUUGUUUAAACUUUUUAAAGAAAAUGUGUUUGGGUUAUUCAUAUUUUGACUUUUGAACAAAAUAAACCACAAUGAUUGUCGUGAAUA